CAUAGGUGGCCGCGUCUGAUUGGAAGAAACUUUAUUGUAAAGUUGUCAGUUCGCUGUCACAGAACUUCUACCGGUCUGCUGGCGUGACUACAGACUAUCAAAAUGCGAUUCACAGCUUUUACGUUCAAUAUCUUGCUGCUAUGUGCCUCGUCAUUGGGGAUCACCUCCUUCCUCAACAGCAACGAUCAGUCUAGGUUUAAGGAUAUUCUGCUUUCGGGCUUGAACAGCGAUGAUGCAGGCUCACUGGACUAUGCAAUUCGAGGACUAACAUUUUUGGAAUUUGACAUUCCCAACAAAGACAACCUUUGCCAGAAACUGAAAACCAAACUAGAGUCCCAAACCACAGAAACUUUGUUUCAUGUAGGGAAAGCCUCAGCAAGCUUAAGUUGUGCCCUACAACUAUCGAACACACAAAAAGAAAAACUGGAAACAACAAUAACUGCCACUAACGGAGUGUCUGAAAUAUUUUUAGCCACAGGGGCUCUUUCUUCAUUUGGCAUCACACUUGAUGCUCCCAAAGUUUUAAAGGCACUUAAUACUGCAUUAAAGAAGGAUGAUAGUAUUUCAAGUUUGGGUCAAGCAUUCCAGGUUGCAUCUCUCUUGGAUGGUGAUGUUUCAUCUGUAUUUGGCAGAAUUGAAGAUGUGGUUGUCCAAGCUGACCAGAUUGAUGGAAAAAUGUUACAGUUUGAAGGAGGUCUUAGUGUGACAGCUCUGGUUAUUAGUGGAGCAUACAAGCUUGCUAAUACUGUUGGCCAGGCCCCCUUCAUUAGUAAAGAACAAGCCAAUAAGUUUGCAGAGUACUUUGUUAGCCGCAAAUCUGUUCAAACUGUUAAGGGGGUUUAUUACCUUUUGGAAGCUACUUCUGUAUUGGCUGAUAAUGCUUUCCACAUUCCUGUUGCCAUCACCCUGGCUAGCAAAGCUGCUGUUUCGAAAAGCGAGCCGAAGUUUCAAGUUAAAGUUACAAAUAUUCUCGGCAAGGGUCUGGGGUCAUUGACUAUCAUCGCAGAUUCGGCUACGCGGACUCUCGAUGAUGCUGUUGUACUGUCACAGAAACAGUUGACUCCCAAGGAUGGCUUGUUUGAAUUGGACUUGAUGUCAAGUAAUCCCGGAAAAGGAGUUUAUCGUGUGGCACUCAGUGCAUCGUCAAGCGAAGACACUCGCUUGGUUGGAAAUGUUGGAGCUAUAGUUGAAGUCAAAGUUCUGACUAAGAUUGCUAUAGAGGAAACAGAGAUUGGCACUGCCGAUUCUGACCAAUCAACAGCCGCCAAACUAAGAAAAAUAAUCUAUCCCAAGAAGCUUGAUGGCAGUCUAGAAGCCGACUCGCAUCAGAAACUGAUACUGAAGUUCCUUUUGCGAGACACGCUUACCAAAGAACUUGUUACUGUUCACCAAGCCUUUGUUCGACUGACGCAUCGGGAAUCUCAACAAGAGAUUUUCUUUGUCGCCGAACCCGACGUCAAUGAUGCGUACAAAUUCGAUUUGGACUUGGCUACCAAAGCCAAGGAUUUCCUGUACCUCUCUGGCCACUAUUCCAUGGAUUUGAUCAUCGGUGAUGCAGUAAUUGAAAACCCAACUGUUUGGCAAAUUGCAGAACUCCAGCUUUCAUUUAUUACUCCGAGUGCUGGACAACCGAAAUCAUCAAAAGCUGCUGAGAUGUAUCAGAUGAAACCUGAAAUUAAGCACAUGUUCCGGGAACCAGAAAAGCGUCCUCCUGGCAUCGUUUCCAAUGCGUUCACCUUAUUGGCUAUCUUCCCUUUCGUCAUCUUCAUUGUCUUGGUUUCUCGACUUGGAGUUAACUUCUCUUCGUUAUCGUUUUCGCUCAGUGCGCUUGGCUUUCACUUGAGCAUUGGAGGUAUCUUCGUCCUGUUUGUUUCCUUCUGGUUAUAUCUCAACAUGUUCCAGACGCUCAAAUUGCUGGUAGUCAUAGCUAUCCCUGCGUUCGUUAGUGGUAACUAUAUGCUUACCCAGAUUGCUGCCAAGAGAAGGGGAGCAACGAAACAAAAUUGAACACUUGUCUGUUAACACGUUGUGUUUACUUUCAAUAAUAUCAUAAAUAAAAAUUAUUUCAUUCUG